UCGACUGCUCGAGAUGUGAUCGGCGGCGAGCUUGUGAGGAAAUUUUUGGGCUUUCUCAGUCGUCACUUCUCUCGAAUUGGAGUUCAAACACUUUCUUCAACCCUUAUCCCAUUCGAACACAACCCCACCAAUCUUUCUUUGUUUGGAGGGAGUUUCUGAGGUGAACCAUUCCUAAGGAAUUUGGGGAAGGAAUGAUGAAGACAUGUAUUCAGAGCCAUCUAUUCUUUGUGCAAGUCAGGUGUGAUCACAUAGAGUAAAGAUGUAACAUUCAUGGCUAAUGGUUAUGUUCUAUGAAGGCUUGACAUAUUUGACAGAGUAUGGGAAGCAAAAAUACGUACACAAUCCAAAUUUCCAUGUUGAUAGUUCUGUUCCGGGACUAUACUAGGAGGAUUGGGUGGUGGCUUUAUGACAUAUCUUGCAACUCCCUUGGAUGUGAUCAAAACAAGAUUGCAAAUACUGGGGUCAAAGGUGCAAUGGCUGCUUGGAUGCAGUUUGUAGCAUAUAAAUGGUUGAAGAUGCACAGGGGAUGUUUAGAGGUAGCAGUCUCAGGAUCACCCAAUGUUACAAGCAAUGAAGGAUUAGGCAAUGUUGCAAGCAAGAAGUUGCUAGCAUGUAGUAGAGGAAUAGGGAUCACAUUUACAAAGGAGCGGUGUGAGAAACUUGCACUGAAUACUUUUAUUUUCCCAUCUCAUCUUAGUUUGAUUAAGAAAUUGGGUCUUUUUCAUGUAUCCCAGUAAUAAUUUGGACGUACACAUUUAAUAUUGUUUUCAUGUAAGUUGUACAUAAAUAUAAAGAGAAUGAAAAUGAGGUUUUUUACGGUUUU